AUGGCGCCCUCCGUCACGCUCGAUCUGUCUUCAGAUUUCGCCCCGGUCGCCGCUCACCCCACCAAAGCCGCUGCCGGUUCUCGCACGCUGCUUGUGGCCCCACCAUCCAUAGCUGCGCACCCCGAGUCGCUCAACCGCAUCUUCGAGAACCAUGACCGCUCCACGACCGAUCUGCAAAUGCUCGACCGCCUGGCCAUGGGCCUCGUCGCCCUUCCUGCCUCUACCUACGACGUUAUUCUUCUCCUGACCGAUGUCGACGGCUCCCGCGCCGAGAGCCAGAGGCUCCUCGGAAGGGAAGUCCUUAGCAAGCUUGUGGACGCCCUAAGACCGGGAGGUAAAUUCCGCAGCGAGGAUGGUAAAUUCGGCUCCGAAGGCGCAGAGAAGACGGAAGCCAUUCUUGCAGGGCUUGUAAACCAAGACGGAGACGGCAUGGUCAAGCCGGACAACACAGUCGAGCAAGUCGUUCCCCUGCGCUUCGGGAAGAAGAAGACAAGCACUGCAGAAAACGGCGCAGUUCCUCUUCCGCUGAACGGCAAGCGAAAGAGUGUAUCACAGGAGCCCCCGAAGCCAGCAGGCGUUGGCUUUGUGGAUUUCAGUGACGAUUUUGACGAGCCUGUGGUGACCGGGGAGGACGACGAUGACGAUGAUCUGAUCGACGAGGACGAUCUCCUAACUGAGCAAGACAAAAUGAGGCCUGUCAUGCCCCCACCGGAAUGCCGCCCCAAGGUCGGCAAGCGGCGACGCGCGUGCAAGGAUUGCACCUGCGGGCUUGCACAGCAGCUCGAGGCUGAAGACAAGGCCAAGCGGGAGGAGGCCGACAAAGCCCUCAACACCAUGAAAUUGGACACAAAUGACCUGGCCGAGGUUGACUUCACGGUCCAGGGUAAAGUGGGGAGCUGCGGUAACUGCGCUCUGGGAGACGCUUUCCGCUGCGAUGGCUGCCCAUACAUUGGACUGCCUGCCUUCAAGCCUGGCGAAGAGGUCCGACUCCUCAACAACGAUAUCCAGCUUUAA